AAUAAAUAUGGUUUUGUUUUAUUUAGACUCUGAUGUGAGCAUUCCAAAUUCGUUCGACACCGCCGUCGGUGUCGAACGAAAUGGGUUGCCCGGAUUCAAUGCGGUGCGUGAUCAAAGGUCGGUAUCGAAAUAGCGACGAAAUCAACGCGGCGGCUGUCGAUCCGCUGGCCGAACGGCGAACAGCCGUGACGAUCGCCUUUAGAAAUCGCGAAAUCUUCGCGGAGAAACGAAAGAGACGAACGGUAAAGGUAACGACAACGGUGUCGGCGGGAAUGAAGUGCACGGAGACCAGGGGGUCCGGGACCGUGACGAUCAAUUGCACCACAUCGCCGUCGGAAAAGCACGCGAACGAAGCGCCGAAGGUCGACGUCGCGCGUCCCACUUGCGGUGCUCCGGGCCCCGUGCUGGACGCGGACCUACGGAUUAGCGGUUUAGUUUCGGGCGACACCGCCGUGUCGGUUCGCGGCCGUCAUUUUGUCGAGCCGUGCACGGCGUUCCCAGCCCGUCUGUUCGUCGUGCUGCGGGACGGCGCCGUGCAGUUCGCGUCCAGCCAUUGCGAUCGGCCGGUCAACGACACGUACAUGGUCUGUCGGUCGCCGAGAGUGAGUAGUGGCGGCACCGGCCGGGCGGAUUGGACUGUCGGCGAUGGACGGCUGUUGGAUUUCGGGCUGAACGUGAUGGACUUUGCGGGCGGCGAUCAGUCGCUCUCCGUGGACGGGCCGUCGCUCGGUUAUCGCGUGCACCCGGAUCCGGUGCUAGUGGACUUCGAAACGGACGCGCGCGGUUCGGUGAUCGUCAACGGCCACCACUUGCAGGACGUAUAACCCGACAACGUCGUCGUGCGGUUUCCCGAUCUGUCGGCCGUGGGUUGCGCAGUCGUGUCGGUCACGCAACACAUCGUCGUGGUGUGCGAGCCCACCGCGUCGGUCGCCGAGUCGCGGGCGAUUUCCGUAGCGAUCGGCGAUUCACCGGAGUACACGGUGUUCAAAAGAGCGUCGCUUCGACCCGACGGUCCGUCCGCACCGACGAAUUAUUGCCGGUGUCUCGCCAUGGCUGUCCUGUCCGCACUGCUGGUGACGUGUGUAUGCGUCUCGACUCGUUGUUGUCUCCGAACGAAAAAUCGAUACGACGUGUCGAAAACGAUCAGUAACCCGCCGGUGGCAUACGCAGGAUCGCAGGACUUGCACGAGCCCACCGUUGUUGUUUGACGAUAAAUAUCAGUUAUUAAGCAGCAUUUAUUUAUACUACAAACAUUUUUGGUUACUCGGGGAGGUCGAUCAUCUAUCACUAUUUUGAUGAAUAAUAUCUUAGAACAUUCAUUAUUUGGACGAUAUCAUGGCUUAUUGCAGAAAGCUUAACAAAAAUAAAAAUUAUGUGAAUUGCUAUUCUUUCAACGGACUACUUAUACUGGUAUACACAAUGAUGUUGGUGUUUGAAUCAUAUUGUAGUACAUUGGAAACGGAGUCAAAUAAUAUCAAUUGUUCGAAUGCACUAACAUGCACUAAAUGUACAAUCAAAGCUCAGUGUCAAUGGUCCCUAGAACAACAGAAGUGUAUAAAAAAGAUUCUUAUACAUUUUUCAAGUUUAACAGCCUCUACUAUAGGGGAGUGUCCACAGUUUUCAGUUUAUAAAGAGUAUGAUUAUAAUGAUUAUUUUGUUAAUUUGAAAUACAUUGUUAAGGUAUCAAAUGAUUCAGUAGGAUUCAUAAAUUAUCUUCGAAUCAGUGAAAUUAUUUUACGAAGAACAUUAUACCGUGAUCAAUCUUUGAUCAAGGGAAUAACAAAUGAUAGUUUUAUAUUUUCAUUACGCAUAACGGCAAUAUUCUACAAAAUAUUCAAUAUUCCGUCGAUUACUGAAUUUAUUUUUAUCGAGUUCAAUGGCGUUAUGCUGCGGUUCGACAACGUCGCCGAUCAUUAUGUUACGUUUUAUAGACGUGAUGAUAAAUGUGCCAAUGACGAGAAGGACAAAUCCUGUGCGACUUGUGCAUGGAAUUACAAUGGGUAUUCUAACUACUUGAAAUGGUGUUUGAACGAAAACGUUUGUGAGGGUCGAAAGCAGUUGUACCUGAAGAACAACGCCGAAGAUAUAAUUUCUGUAGCAUCAUUACUAGACCGGCGGAACGAAGAAGUGUAUGUGACGAAUGACUGUCCUGAAGUCAACGUGACAGCGGUCCAUCCGUUGUUUGGACCGCAUACUGGUGGAACGGUGGUAACGAUCACAGUUAGAAACCACAGGAUACUUGUGGAAAACCAAAUAGUACUAGUGAUGGUGGCAGGAAUGGUUUGUACGGACCCAAGGACAUCGGGAUCCGAAACGAUCACUUGCACCACGUCACCAUGGGUAAACGUUACAGGAGGACCACCGGCUCUCGGUCCGAUCCUGGUCAAAUACUCAUCGGAAAAAGGCGGAUUAACAAUAGAAUCGUCGCAGAGAUUCCAGUAUGACGUGCGUCCUAUUUGUGGCUCACCCAGACCCGUACUGGACGCGAACCAACGACUUAGAGCUUUAGAAUCGGGAAACAUCUCCGUGCCGGUGCGUGGUGUUCAUUUCGUCAAACCAUGUGUUGUAUCCUCCGCCCAACUCUUCUUCGUGUGGCCAAACGAUACAAUGCAGUUCGCGUCCAGUGAUUGUGAUAAACCGGUCAACGACACGUACAUGGUCUGUCGAUCGCCAAGAGUGGACAGCCGUGUCUGGCGUGACGCAUACUCGUCUGAUGAAGGACUCUUAUUGAAUUUCGGACUGAAUGUGAUGAAUUUCAUUGGAAAUCAGUCGCUUUUGGUGUAUGGGCCGUCACACGGUUUUCAUGUACUCUUCGAUCCGGUGCUAGUGGAUUUUAAUAUAAUAAACAGUACUGGUUCAGUAGAAUUCAACGGGCGCUACUUGAAUCACGUGCAGUCCGACGUCAUCCUGAUAAGGAUCCCAAAAUCAUUGGCAAAAGGUUGCAAAUCCGUGCUGGACUGCUUAGUCGUGGCGGCGUGUUGUGAAGAUGUGGUGUUUUCACAACAACGUAUGAUAUGCAAGCCGAACGUGACCAUCGCUCCAGUUGCCACUGCAUCACGCUACAUCUUGGUCACAAUAGGCGAUCGGUUGUCGUAUACCGUUCCUAAUAGAUCGUCACCCCCCGAUCAUUCAGAUCUUACCGGCCCCGUACAACCAUACAUACUUUUCGACUGGUGGCGAACGAUAAUUUCCUUGUCCAUGUCGCUAUUGAUUGUUUUUGCGUUGGUUUGUUGUCUAAAGACCAAAAAUCAGUACGACUUGACGGAAAAUUUUCGUUAUCCACCGGUGGCUUUCUCAAGAUCAUAAGCUGGCCUGCACAUACACACUGCGAUGUAGUUUUAAAUCAUUAAUUAGUUUUCAAUGUAUUCAUCUUGAUUGUUAUUAUUACCUACGUAAACAUAAUAUAUUAUAAAAAAUAUACGUGUUUUAUUGCCAAUAUUAUUCCCAAAAAGGAACUUGUUUUGAUAAAAUUAAUGAAAAAUUAAUUUUAGAAUAUUCCAAAUAAUUUUAUUAUCUUCAAUGUUCUAAUGAUACCAUUAUAAAUUUAUAAAAUUACUAAUAAUAAUA